UCUACUGAUGCGAUUACUCAUUCCCUAACCUCUUUGCUAAGAGGAAGGGACAAAGGGAUGACUGAAUGUGCCAGCCAGGGCACCCCAAGAGUCAGACAAGGAUCCCAAGUAGUGGAGCAGUUUCCAAUGCUAAUAAAACAUUGUAACUAUCUACACCGAUCGCGUAAGCUUUUUAAUUGUUCCACAACUUUCUGUGGUUGAAACAGAUACAACAUUGAACAAAAGCUUAGAAAUGUCGGCAUCAUCGCGUGUUUUCGACACCAUUAGUGAAUGUCUCGCCCUGAUACAGUCAGAUUCUCAAGAUGCUCAAGAGAAAGGUCUUCAAACAUUGGCUGCCAUCACCAAGGUACUGUCCAGUUGCUUGUGAAGGCUAUCGAAGACACUCUUAUCGAUUCUGGUGAUGCUCAUCAUCUUUUGAGUUCAUUGACUGAACUUGUUCAAUUCCAUGGAAAUUGUACUUUGGCUGUUCGUGGUGGAGCAGUUCCAGUGCUGCUUCAAGUUGUAAAGAGCACCGAUAACAACGAGGAUUUGGCUGGAACAUCUCUUACUGUUCUUGGUCUUCUUGUGAGGUUUGAUGAAGGGUUGAAUGCAGUUAAGAAAACAAAUGCGAUAAUAAGUUCAAUGUUAAGUGUGUUGAAAGGAAGGUCACUGUUGUGUAAGGAAGGUGCAACCGAUAUCCUUCUUCGACUUUUUGAUGACAGUGAAGAAUGUGUUAGAGAGGCUUUGAUGUUAUCAGAAUUCUCAAGUGUGUUGGCUGAUCUUUGUGUGAGGGGUUCACCAAGAGUUCGAGAUAAGGCUGAUUUGUUAAUGAGGAAGAUUGCAAAGGUUAGCUUAGAAACUAACAUGGAAUUAGCUUGCUCCCUAAAUGAUUAAUAACUUCAAUCAAGUUAUUGCAAGUUAAAUGGUUUCCCUAUUCA